GGCGCAGCGAGCGGUGCACAGCGGAGAGAGUCCUCCGGGCCAGCAAGCGGCGCUGCAACCCAGCGCGCUCAGCGGAGGAGGCGCUCUGCCGGGCAGGAAGAGUCUCUGCAGGAUCUCUGUCCACGCGCCCGCCAUGGCGCCCGCUCCGGCCGUGCUGACCCGGCUGCUGUGUGCAGGUGUGCGGCGCUGGCCAGGUUUCCUGCAGAAGGCGAUCCCGGGCCCUGCGGAGCAGACUGGUAGGAAGGUCACGGGAGCCCCGGUCCCCGCGGUCAGCGAGCCCCAGGAUGGCGACGAUUUCCAGAGCAGGAUCCUAGAUACGCCAUUACAGCAUUCGGAUUUCUUCAAUGUCAAGGAGCUGUUUUCUGUGAAGAGCCUCUUCGAGGCCCGAGUACACCUGGGACAUAAAGCUGGUUGCCGCCAUAGGUUUAUGGAGCCGUACAUCUUUGGGAACCGCCUGGGCCAAGAUAUCAUCGAUCUGGAUCAGACAGCCUUGAAUCUCCAACUGGCUUUGAACUUCACCGCGCACGUGGCCUACCGCAAGGGCAUCAUUCUGUUUGUGAGCCGGAAUCGUCAGUUCUCUCACUUAAUUGAGACUACAGCCCAGGCCUGCGGGGAGUACGCCCACACCCGCUACUUCAAGGGCGGCUUGCUGACUAACGCACAACUCCUCUUUGGGCCUUCAGUCCGCCUACCAGACCUCAUCAUCUUUCUGCACACGCUCAACAAUGUCUUUGAACCCCAUGUUGCUGUGAGGGAUGCAGCCAAGAUGAACAUCCCCACAGUGGGCAUUGUGGACACCAACUGCAACCCAUGCCUCAUCACUUACCCUAUCCCUGGCAACGACGACUCGCCCCAAGCUAUCCAGCUCUUCUGCAAGCUCUUCCGGACAACCAUCAACAGGGCCAAGGAGAAGAGGAGGCAGAUGGAGGCCCUGCAUCGGCUGCAGAGUUCCAAGGGGUCCGAGGGCAGUGGGACAUCUCCUGUGCCUGAUAAGAGCCAUUCCCCAUGACAGGAAGCCCUUCUCCCACCUCUUCUGAGCAGGAAGGUCCUUGUCCAACCCUGGCCUAUGUCCCCACUCUCUGUCCUCAGCAUCAGCACCACAGUCCUAUUUCCCUAGAUAUGGCCACCCCAAAGUCCAAUGAUCUUGAGCUAACCCUUAUCUGUCUCUUUUCUGGGAACAAACUCGGGUAGAGUACAUAGUCACAUGGCCUCUGGCAUCCAUUAAGACUUGAACAUAGCUAGCCAAGUUUCGGCUUCUCUUUUCAGUUAAAAUUAAUCCUCCAUUGUCUGCUAAUUAAUCCUUCAUUCUCUGAAGAAAAUUCCAAGCAAAACCAACACUGAUGUCCCUCAGGACCCCCAGUAGUUACCUCUAGACCUGAAACCAGACUCAAGGCUAAGCAGGCUCCCAGAGGGGAGAUAGGAAGUAUAGUCCAUGCAUUGUGCUGCACUACUAAAGAACUUAAUGAGUUUGCUAAUUCAUUCAAGCAGAAGGCUGGGGACUAUAUGUGGGAAUGGAUUUUAAAGGGGUGGGGUAAUGGAAAGAACAUAAAACUGAGUCAGGCUGAGUUUUAUUGAUACAAGCUCUCUGGAGCUCUUGUGUUUAAUAUGGAAGCUUGCACAGUGAAAAAAGGUGUCAAAAGUUUGUUCCAUGUUUGGCUGAAGUCUUUUUUAGAAGAGCCUGCUGCUGGGAGCACAAAAGUCCUUGAGCCCACAGAUCACCAAGGAAACCAGGAAUGUUAAUCACAUAAGGUUGUCUCCCCAAAGAAGGAAAUCCAUACCUGUUUCCCACCCAGAGGCCUGGGCGUGGAUGUUGUUGACCUGGUGACCUUUGCUAUUUGUAGAGCCAGACCUCACCCAGAUCCCCCCAAAAUGUUUGUCUUGGACUCUUCCUUCCUAGACCUUUAUUUUUAACUUAGUUUCUCCAACAAUAGAAUCCAUGCUUAGGGGAGAUGUCACAAGUAUUUUAUAACCUGCUGACCUCUACAUUAUCUUGGUCAGAGACCACACCAGAUCCUAGGCCCUUAAGCUUUAGGACCCAUCUUUGUGGUCGAGUGUACUUUGAGCUGAGUUUCAAUGUAAUUAUGCCUCUUACACCUGGGAUUGUAUUACACCGGGAAACUUUUCCAGAAUUGUACUGUUUUAAUAUAUGUUUACAGUAAACCA